GGGUGGAGGCGCGUCCCGGCCUGCGGGGAGGCGCACGGGAGAGGUCGGCCUCUUGCACGUCCCAGGCUGUCGCCGACCGUGGGCGCGGCCUCUUCUGCCCCGCCCACUGACACGCCCCCGGGCCCCACUCCGGCUCUGGACCCAGCUUGGCGCGCUCCCCCCUGGGUGCCAUGGCCUCGCGGCUCCUGCAUCGUCUGCGACACGCCCUGGCUAGCGAUGGCCCCGGGGAGGCGGCGGCAGGCUCCGAGGCCGAGCAGUUCCCUGAAAGCUCCGAGCUGGAGGACGACGACGCCGAGGGCCUGUCCUCCCGCCUAAGCGGCACCCUCAGCUUCACCAGUGCCGAGGAUGACCCGGACGACGAAGACGAGGACGACGAGGCGGGCCCCGACUCGCCGCCCUCCGGAGACGGGACAUCGGGAGAAGACGCAGAACGGAGUCCCCCACCUGAUGGACAACGGGGCAGUCAACUCCUGGCUCGGCAGCUGCAGGAUUUCUGGAAGAAGUCUCGAAACACCCUAGUUCCACAGCGGCUGCUCUUUGAGGUGACCAGCGCCAAUGUUGUCAAGGACCCUCCCUCCAAGUACGUGCUCUACACCCUCGCCGUGAUUGGCCCAGGGCCACCAGAUCGCCAGCCAGCCCAGAUCUCCCGCCGUUACUCGGACUUCGAACGGCUGCACAGAAACCUGCAGCGGCAAUUCCGGGGCCCCAUGGCUGCCAUCUCCUUCCCUCGUAAACGUCUGCGCCGGAACUUUACUGCAGAAACCAUUGCCCGCCGUAGCCGGGCCUUUGAACAGUUUUUGGGUCACCUGCAGGCAGUGCCCGAGCUCCGCCAAGCCCCAGACCUGCACGACUUCUUCGUGCUGCCCGAGCUGCGGCGAGCGCAGAGCCUCACCUGUACUGGCCUUUACCGCGAGGCUCUGGCACUGUGGGCCAAUGCCUGGCAGCUGCAGACCCAGCUGGGCACCCCUUCUGGCCCAGACCGCCCUCUGUUGACUCUGGCUGGGUUGGCUGUGUGCCAUCAGGAGCUGGAGGAUCCUGGGGAAGCACGAGCAUGUAGUGAGAAGGCCCUGCAGCUGCUGGGGGCCAAGAGACCCCAUCCUUUCCUGGCACCCUUUCUAGAGGCCCAUGUCCGACUCUCCUGGCGCCUGGGCCUAGACAAACGGCAGACAGAAGCCCAACUUCAGUCCCUACAGGAGGCGGGCCUUACCCCCGUCCCACCCCCCAGCCUCAAGGAGCUGCUUAUCAAAGAGGUGCUGGACUAACUUUUAUUUGUCUUGCCGCGCUUCUGGGCGAGGGACUGCUCCAGGUCAAGGGACUGAAGGCAAUAGAGGACACUGAGCAGCCAGGGGCUGAGGAGUUCUGGGAGCCCCUAAAGUAGUUCCCGAGAAAGAGUCUGCAGCAGACUGAGAGGAACUUGGAUUUGUGGGGCUGGACUCCAAACAGGCUUUGGUUGGGGUUACCCUAGGAUGCUACAAGGAGGAAGUUUUGGGGUGGGCUCUUCAGCCUACCACAGCCGGAGGCUGUAAGCAAGGUCAGGAUCAGUGUUUCCUGUUUCCUUUUCCUUGGCCUCUACACCAGUAAAACAGCUUGGCUGAAGGGCUGGGUACUAGUAGUGGAGUCCUGAAGUUUAGAGACAGGAGGAGGGAAAUUAAAGGUCAGCUGCUUCAGUGUUAGCAAUCUCUUUAUUGAAUGUGAGAGGCAGGAAGCCCAGCUCUCAACUGUGACUCCUGCCUCAGGAAGGGCAGUAGAAAGAGUUCUUUUAACCCCAGGCCAAGCCAGUUAUCUUUGACUACAGCUUACUCGCAGACACUUGAGGCUUCAAUCGGAUCACACCCUCUUGGGCACAGGUCACAGCAAGGACCCCAUCCCGACGCCACAGCCGGCCGUGCACUAGCCCUCGAGAGCCACCUGUGUGCAAGGAGAAGGGUGAGAACGGCCUCUGCUUUAGCACAGCCUGCUUUGCCCUGAAGGGGUUUGACACAGGGCAGAGCUGCCCCACCUAAGGGCACACUGGAACAUAACUACUCCAAACGCCCCUUUGUGAGCUGUUACAGCCACUUGAUGGCCCCAAAGCACUUUCACAUAACUGCUCAGUUCCUCUAAAGAUCCCAGAGACAACAGUCUCCACAGGCUUGGCCAAGCAGACUGCCGCUUCUCUGGCCACUGGUCAGAAAUCCCAUUCUUCCCUUAUGAUAAGCAAGUCCUCCCAGCUGGUCACCCACCAAGGGAGGGGGUAGUUCAGAGAAGACCCGAGACCAUGAGGUAUGGCCCCUCUCCCUUUUCAUCUAGAGGUUCUGGCCUGAGUUAGUUACCUUCAGGAAGCUAACUCGAGCUUUCUUUACAUACAGCAGGGCCCAUGCAGAUCUAACUGUAGCCAGAGAACGCGGGGCUUCAUUUCUUGUACUGUCUUACAGACAGGGACACUAAAGUGCACAGAGGCUCAGGCUUGGCCCCGAGGGUCAGGCCAAAGCUGACCGAGUGUCCUAACUUCAAGGUUGUGGACACUGUUCUGUGCUGCUGGUGGCAUCUGAGUAACCCUUUCCUGACUGCAAGGGGUUAUUUAAGUUUUGUCUGUUUUAUAAAGCAAAGCUUUUCUUCCUUUGACAUGUACUUCAUUAUAAAAGAGUCAGGGCUCUAACACAAGACAUCAAUGAGUCUGGGUUUCUCUCGGUUCCCUACAGGAGCAUCCUUAGAGUCCACUGAGUGCCCUGCUCCAUCCUGCCAACUUACGGAAUCACUCAGGGAGCUCCUUAAAACACAGUUUACAGCUGGGCAUGGUGGCAUAUGCUUCUAAUCCCAGCACUUGGGGAGCAGAAGCGUGCGGAUCUUUGUGAGUUCAAGGCCCAGCCUGGUCUACAGAGCAAGUUCCGGGACAGCUGGGGUAGAAUGCAAUCUGUUUAGAAAAAGCUCCCUCAAGUGACAGCAUGGUGGUUUACUAGGUGUAGACAGUACUAAUAUAACCCUAUUAGAUGAAAAAAAAACAAGCAGCAGGGCAUGGUGGCUCCUGCACUUGGGAGGUGGAGGCAGGAGGAUCAGGAGUUCCAGGCCAGACUCCACUCUAUAAAGAGUUCAAGACAAGCAGGGGUUACGUAAGACAGGGCUGGGGAGCAGAGAUGUGGAUCUCAGUAAGUUCUAGGCAAGUCAGAGCUCCGUAGUGAAACCUUGUCCCUCCCUGUCGAAACAGAAAGAAAGAAAAGAAAAAGCUUCAGAAAGAAGAAAGGACUUUUCAGGUUCACAUAUGGAAUCUAAAGUGGUUUGGGUACCUGCGCUGGGUCUCUGAGAUAAACUCAAUCAUUCCUGGCAUGUAGAAUACCUCUGAAGACAACAUGAAUACCUAGAGGGGCAGCAAUGCAAGGACCCUGUACAGCAUCCCCAGAGAGUAAGAAAAGGCAGCAACAUCUAUAAAUAAAGCAGGUUCCCUACCACCCAGAGACACUGACCCACAGGCCCACACUCACCAGCCCAGGGGCUCUCGCACUCAUAGAGCAUCCAGUGGUCAG